UCUGCAUCGCGAAGUUGGUUGCAUUUGUUUUUUAUUCGCGUUCUAUUUUUGUGUGUGACGGUUCUGUCGGAUGAAAAGCUUUCUGUUUUGCAAGAAAAAUUGAAAAUUUGAUGAUUCUCAUAUAAAUCGCCAUUGAAUCGAUCUUUUCCUCCCGAUUGCAAAAGUUUUCACAAUGCUGAACGGAGAAGAAACGCCGGCGCCAACCGAGACAGCGAAAGUUCCCGAGGAGAUUACCAAGCAGUCGUUCAGACUCAAGAUAUGGCGUCACUUGGAGACCAACGGCCUUGCGAUGUUCCCUCGCCCGGUCUACAACAGGAUUCCCAACUUCAAGGGCGCGGCCGAGGCGGCGGCUAAACUUGCUGAGCUCGAUGUGUUCAAGAACGCUACCACCAUUAAGGUCAACCCUGACAAGCCGCAGGAACCUGUGAGGGUGCUGUGCCUGGAGAAACAAAAGACCUUGUAUGUACCGGUGCCGCGUCUGCAAUUCGGAUUCCUGAACCGCAUGGAGCUGCCCGAGGAGGAGACCAGACCUGGAGCUAUCAGGAAGGCAGUUUCCCGCAACGGCAUGGAAACCUAUGGAAAACCUAUGAGUAUCGAAGAUUCAGUUUCCCUAGAUCUGGUGAUUAUGGGGUCGGUGGCAGUGUCGAAGGAGGGGUAUCGCAUUGGAAAAGGAAAAGGCUACGGCGACUUGGAGUUUGGGCUGAUGAUGCACAUGAAGGCGAUCAAACCCAACACGCUGGUUGCGACCACCGUUCACGACUGCCAGGUGUUCGAUACAUUGCCAGCUGAACUUUUUGGACCACACGAUGUGCCCAUAGACCUUAUCAUCACGCCGACACAGGUGAUAGAAACUCAACGUAUGAGCCAAAGGCCGGUGGGGAUCCUGUGGCACCUGCUGUCCAACCGCCGCCUUGAGCUGAUGCCGGUGCUGGGACAACUGCGCGAGAUUGAGAUGCUCGCCGGUCGAGCUUGCGUACUGAAAGAGGAGGACACAGAUGUAGAAGAACGCACGGCGCAACGCAUCGGACAACGCACACGGCGUCAACGUAGACGCACUCGCUCGCACAAGAGCCAGAGUGAGGGAGAGGGCAACACAACAGAAGGCGAAGAGGGUAAAACAACAAAAGCACGCCGUACUCCGCGCCGCCGCAACAGCAACAAGUCUGUCAGCAAGGACGGCAAAGAAGGCAAAGAGGGCAAAGAGGGUAGAGAUGACAAACCGCGUCGCCCCAGACGACCUAAACCAGUCAUUGACUUCACUGUCAAGAUUUCGAAUAUCAGUCCCAGUACUAGAGUCCGUGAUUUGAAACAGGCGCUUAACGAACGCGGUGUCAAACCGCAGGUUAUGGUGUGGAAGGGCUUCCGUGGAUUCUGCUAUCUACAUUUCUUCAAACCUGGCCCGCCGAAGGGCGAAGGCGACAUAGUGGCGCCACCCAGUAUGGAGAGCGUUAUCUCCGCGUUAUCCGAGAUGUCGGUGGGGGGCUCGGGCGGCACCGAGGGUCCGGGAGACGAACAGCGCGACGACAAGCCUCGCCUGUUGCUGGUGGAGCCCGCACCGCCGAGGCAGCCACUCGCAGCGCCCGCAGACUCGCAGCAGAAAGACGUCGCGCCAGUGCUAGAGGCGCCGGCAGCAGAGGUACACUGAUUCCCGCGAGCCGAAAUCACAAUCGACCCGAGAUCAGUUCCGUUUUCAAUAAUAAAUAUGAUAUUUUCUAAUAAAUAAUUUGUUAAACACGCAUAUACGGUCGUUGCUCGCUUAUAUUUGCACGCGGGACUGACUGGCCUCCAGUCGGCUGUCGCAUUCCGAUACUAAUUGUUUUAGCUAUAAGGUUGAUUUUACUAUGCGCCGGGCGGUUGUCGUAAAUUCGUCUUCUUUUAAUUAGUACACAUAAAUCCAUAUCUAAUUAGAUAAUAUUUUUUUAGAAUGAGCUCUAAGUAUGAUUCUAAAAUUUUCAGAACGUUUGAAUAAAAGAUAAUUCAAACGUAAUAAAUAACUUUGUUGCUAAGGCAGCGGAUAUAAAUCUGAGAGAUUCCCAGAUUUCCAUCCCAUAUGCUUGAUUUAUUUUUAUAUUUGUAGAUAAUUAAAUAAUGUCUAUUUGGAUGUUCAUGUAUUUGAAAAAAAAUAAGUGUUUUAAAACUCUUGUUAGAGUAGUUUCGAUUUUAGUUACCUUUGUAAAAAUUUUAAUACUUUACUUAAAAUUUUAAUACAUAUGAAUAUUACUAAGCGAUCUUUUAUAUGGAUUCUUAUGUAGGGAAAAUGAAAAUUCUAUAAUAAAUACUUUCGAUUUUGCAUAUAAUUUAAAUGUUUGCUACAUUUGCCUUGCAAAAUUUUGAUAUGUUUCAAUGAUAUUUAAUUUGGAUUUAGAUGUACCAAUAAAAGAGGACGCAGAGUGGUUUGGAUUUUAGUUUCGCAUAAUUCGAACGUGAUAUGUUCGCGCAAUAAUUUUUUGUUUCACUCGCACGCACAGCCCGGCACCACUACGGUUUAGAAAGAGUGAGCUAUAUUUACAAAGAAUAUUGAUAUAUCUUUAUGAAUGUUUUAGUUGUUCUCUAGUCUUAAACGUUAGAUUAAUAUGUAUUUAAAGAAAAAAAAAAUUUACUCUUCGUUGAAUGCAAACUACUUUUAAGUAUUUCUUCCAUAUUUGUAAAAGAUGCUAUAUUUUAGUAUGAUAGUAAGUUAUCGUUCGGGAGAGAAAGAAAUCGAUCCUCAUAAAAUGCAAAUUUUAUUUUACCAGCGGUCCGCCACGAGUCUGUCAGUUGCAAUGUUUUGAAAUAUCGAACCUAAUAUGAUUGCAACUGUACAAACGUUAUACUCUUUUUCAACAUAUAACCAUUUAAUUUAAAAAUUGAAAUGAAUGACCGAUUCCUUUUUUUCUAUGAUACAUAUGAUUUUCUAUACUAAUGAGCUCCAAAAGUAAAUUUCAAUAUAUUGUUGUUUUUUUUUUAUAAAAAUGUGAAGGUGCUUGUUCGAACGGGACUCCAAACUAUUCUAUCUACGCUUAGCUAACGUACGAGACAUUUCAAAAUUGGGAUAGUCUUUGGGAGAUACAAUGAACAGAUCUUAUCAUUUUAUACUAAGAACGCAUCAUAAACCUGUCUAUACAGCUUAAAAUGAAGGUAACUUUUAGCAGUAUCGAUUGGUUAAUUGCUUAUUUGACUUUGCUAUAGUUAUAGCUAUGAUUACAACGGCAUCAUCACAACAGAUUUGUCAAAAAGGUCAAUUGGGAGUGCAAUAAGCUAUUGAUCUCUCUUGAGGUUUUUCAAAUUAAUUUAAAAGGGUAUAUUGAUUAGUUUUAAGGGUAUAUUUAAUUUUUGAUAUCCAUGUUUGGACUCCCCGUUCGGUUUCGUCUCGUUAUUUGUGCCAACUUUGCGAUAUUUAAAAACAAAAUUGUGUUUAUUUUCCUUAAUGAUGGGAUGAAUUUAAUGUAUGCUAAAGUUACUGCUCCAUGAAAUGUGCGUUGCAAUACUAUGCGAACAAUUUUUUUAAGGUCCCAAACAGUUUAUUUUCUAACUAAGAAUUUACAAAUAAAUAAAAAAAUAACUUAAGCAAUGAAAGUGUAUUAUUGUUAUAUUAUUAAAUUCAAAUAUUAAUUGAAUAUUUUGAUUUGACUUAAAAUAGCCAAAAUAGAUUGUAUUUACGCACACUCACAUUUUGUAUAUUAUAUGGGCAUCAAAAACCAAUUAUAAGCAUAUAAAAUUAUAAAUAAUAAAAAAACCAUACUUCGCUUUCUCGCGUCGAACCCGAAAUGACGAAGUAACUUUACCUAAUAAUAAAUAAACUAAUACCAGUAUGGUUUGAUUAUACCUUUUAAUAACAUAGUAUCGCUACGCACUGUUGGUGGACUACUAUUUAUUACAUAUCGAUGCGUAGAAAGUUGGUAUAAAUAUAUUUUUUUAAACUAAAUUAUAUUGAAAAUAUAGUUUUUUUUUUUUUUUUUUCAGUAUUAGGUUUAUUCGUAAUUUAAGCCGCGAGAAGUUAAUAUAUACGUCAUAAUAAAUAUAUUUAAAUUAUUUACUAUUUCUAGUUUAAGGCGAGUUCUCACACAAUCUACGCUUUAAAUGUAUUCUAAGCAAUAUCAUAAAUAUAGUUUUAUUUUAAGUCUUAAUAAACUUAAAUUUAAAGAUUGUAGUUGAUAAUUUAAUAAACGGGAAAUUGAGGCAAUUUUGUAGUACACUUAAACCAAAUCUAUAUUGAACAGACCAAGCAAUCUCAUAGCAGAGCUGUUUUGUAGAAAACGUGUCUUAAAAAUACCACCUCUUUUUGAUUUUCAUAGAAAAUAUUUUUCGUUCCGUGACUAUGGUUUAAGUAGGUAACGCAAUAUAAUUUCCUGUUAUCAUUUUUGAGAAAUAAAUACCCCUUAAAGAGUUAACAUAAAAAAAGAGUUACAGGAGCAAACUUAAUAGCAAUACGUUUAAGAUGAUAAGUUCCUACAUAAGGAAAAACAUUUAAUUCCAGAGUUAAAAAAAUGUUUUCAGCAUUAUACUGGUAGAAAAAUUGGGUUAAAUAACCAGACUUUUUUCAUAUUUUAUUAUUAAUAGUUGUUUUUUUUGUUGAUAAUUGCGGUAUCUAUGUGCAUUUUUCAUACAGGGUCAUUUUUGUAAUUGAUAGGUUAAAAUAUUAUAAGACAAGGAAAAAAUCCCCGGUCUAAGUAUACGGAUUGUUUUCUAACUGUUAAAUUUGUUAAUGAUUUUUGUACAAUAAAAUUAGCAUUCAAUUACCAUACAUAUUUAAAUACUGUUGUAAGCACAACACAAGUUUGAACAUGUGAACUUAUUUAGUAAAAAAAAGAAAAAUGUGUACGAAUGCAGAUCGUUUAUUGAACAUAAACGAUCUUGGGGCCAUGUUGACUUUCGAUUAUUGGUAAGCGAAAUUCUCCUAGGUUUCCUUAGGUUAUCUAAUCGAUAAGCGAUUAUAGAGGCAAUGUGGCUAUGGUUGCGCUGUUCUUAUACAUUUUUUUUUUUUUUAAGUAAUACUCUUUUCGUGUAGCGGCUGUGGUGAUUCGCCUUAAGUUGAACUGUAUAGUUCACACGUCCUAUGGUCUCUUUAGUAGCGGAAUAUAAAGAUGUAUUUUGUAUAGAACUUUGGGGAUAAAUUUUUAUCUCGGAUGUAUUUUUCGAAAUUUUUCGUUCGAAAAAUAUAGUUAGCGUAUUUAUAGCAGCUUGUACGAGAUUGUAUCUUAUAUGCAUUUUUCUUAUGUAGAGAUUAAAAAUAGCACUAUUUAUUGUAUCGUAUAUGUUACCCUUGUGCGUUUUUCUUAUAUAUAAUAUAUAAACUGUUAUAAUAUAUUUUCGUAUAUAUUCUGUUUAAACUUUCAUAUAUCGUUUUUUCUUUCAAGAAAAAAUGCUGUUAUGGAAAAAUAUAUGUAUAUAUAUUUACUUUCAAAAGCUUAGAAAAAGGCAGUAUGUAAUAGUUUAAAAAUAAAAACACUAUUUGUAUAAGUCGGAAAUAUCUGUUCAUGCGGUGAGGUUUUACUAUUAUAAAAUAUCUGUAAAUAUAUCAUUAAAAAUAAGUCUGACGAUGAGAUCAUGAUGAACUGUAUCAUCAAAUUCUUGUUAUAAAAUUUAAGUAAUAAUCGUUUUAUUGUUUUCAAUGCAAUAAUAUACACUAACAACGUUCUCUGCCUCGAUUUAAAAAACUCGACUCAAAAGUAUUAACAUCCUCUUGAAGUAAUACACACAAAAUAAUACACAAAGUGAGAAACCAGAGAUUUAAUAAAAAAAAACAUAUCCCGUUUUUAGCGUUUCGUGCCUUUGAAUGUAGAUAAAAAAUAACAAUAUUUUCUACUAGAUGGCGCUAAAGUUGCUUUCAGAUAAAAAUGCAUAUCUCAUAAUAUGUUUCAAAAUUGGCUCUAUAAAUUUAGAAAAGAUUAUCUCACAGAAUAUGCGCGAGAAACUCAAAGGUGGCUAGGUAGAGGGGAAAAUGCGUGGCGCGAGGUGCGCAGAUAUUUCCGAAAUGAAGUUAUACUAUAGUAUUUUACACUUGCAUUACAAUAGCAUUUAAUAUGGUAUUUACCCUUUGUAGUUCCGGUUUGAAACCUGCGUUACCCUGGGGUAAAAUCUUUUGUAUUUUAUUAUUUUCGAUGUUAUAUUUAUGGGAUGUGACAGGUACAUGUAAACUUUGCUGUUCAAGACGGAGGUUACAAGUUUUUGACUGGACACGUAUGAUGAUUAACAAAUAAAAAAAUGAUUACUGAUAGAUUUACAAUCUGCAUUGACGGACUUUUAAUAUCUCGCACUCGACCUUUGAAAAAAUAAAAGCUCUUUAAGUUUCAUAUUGCACACUUUUUGUUUCAGCUACGUUAAGUAAAUCUGUCAAAUUAGUGACCAUAGGUUUUUUAUGUAAAAUGUCAGAUUUCAUCAAUCGACAAUACUGAAACCCUGUUUUUUGACUCGAAAAAUUACAAUAAGGUCUCUGAUACCAAAUUAAACAUGUAAUCUGUCUUAGAAAAGCACUUGAAAUGCUAAUACCCUGGGUAAUAUAGGGUUAUCUAUCACUCUUUAUGACACUUAAUGUCAUAACAACAAAUGUGUGCUGUGCCUUUAUUCUGUUCUGUUUUACGUCACAAAGUUACGUAUUUAUGACAUAACGAAUAAGUUUCCUGAUUUUUCAUGGCAUUCAAAUUAAACCGCGCACGCACGAUAAGCCUUUUGUGGCGUAAAAGUAAAUUUUUAAAGCAUAAUUGAGAGCCCUAGUUUUACCCUGGAUAUCAUUAAUUUUAAUCCUGUAUUACUCUCAAGUAAUACUGGUUUUAAUCUUCUAUACAAUUCUUGUUUUGUUCCUGUAUUACCCGUGGGUAAAAUAGACUUAUUGAUGAUUUUUAUACAUUUAAAAUUAGUAUCUAACAUAAAGCGCACAAGGUACAUUUUAAUGAUCGUCUCAACUAUGCCAUUAAGCUUUCCGAAUUUCACAAGGAAUUUUGCAUAACAGAUGAAUUUAAUUUAUGACAGCUAUUUAUUUAUGUAACUGGAAACACGUCAAUUAAAGAGGUACAACAAUUCCCUAAGAACCUUGGAGAACUGAACAGUUAUCGAGGGUUAUAGGUUUGAACUACAAUUUUUUUAGCCUAAAACUAAUUUAAGAUUGCGUAUCAUAUCAUACGAGCAUCUAAAAACACGCCUCAAAAACUCCUUAUCAAUAUUCAAACUUAAACUUCUUGGAAAAUUUGGUGGAAUAGUUGCUUUGAUGCAUAUCAUAUUUUCAAAAUGUUUUUGUUUUAAGCACAUUUUGUGCACAAUAUACCUAACUAAUUUGUUUACAUAAUAUGCGUGUAACAUUCAUUGGGUUUUUUGUAUUUAGUAGCGAGCGCGGAAGUUUUUUUUUUGUUUUGUAUUUUUUUUUAAAUAAAUUUAUUUAACACUU